AUGGGGGGAUCAAAGGUAGUUGAACCUGAUAACAUUCCGAUUGAGGUAUGCGGGAACUAUAGAGGGAUCAAACUUCUAAGACACACUAUGAAACUGUGGGAAAGAGUGAUUGAGAAAAGAAUUAGACGAGAGACGGUAAUUAGAGAGAACCAAUUUAGAUCCAUGCCGGAAAGAUCAACCACUGAGGCAAUGCAUCUUUUGAGGAGAUUGACGGAAAAAGUGUCGACUAACAUACAUACACCGGUGGUUAUGACAAAGUCUUUCCCAAUUAAAGUGGGACUACAUCAGGGAUCAACACUAAUUCCUUUCAUUUUUACGGUUAUUAUGGAAGAAAUCUCAAAAUCCAUCUGGGAAACCGUGCCAUGGUGCAUGUUGUUCGCCGACGAUAUAGUUUUGGUCGCAGAAACCAAGGAGGAGGCAAAUAGUAAAUUGAAAGAGUGGAGGGAAGCCUUGGAGGAGGAGCCAGAGGUGACCAUAGGGGGAGAAGUUAUUGCAUGUACGUCCAAGUUCAAAUAUUUGGAAUCAGUGAUACAGAGUAAUGGGCAGAUUGAUGGAGACAUUACUGAUCGUAUACAAGCGGGUUGGCUUCAGUGA